AUGUCAAAUGAAACAGCGUCUAUGAGAGAAAUACAACACAACCGACAACUCAUUAUACAAGCUCUAAAUAAGAACACAACAAACUUUUCAAACUAUUCUAAGAUAUCUGAGUCAUUGAAAGAAGGAAACUUAAAACUGACAUUAAACCCAAUGACAGAUGAGUUUCUAUUUCAAGACAAUAAGAACCAUACUGUCUGUAUAAAUCCAACAAAAGGAACUUUAAACGAGAAACCUAUAAAUGAACUUCUUUUGAAAGCAGAUGUUGACAACAAAGCUGACAAAGAAUAUGUAGACGAUGCAAUAGCAAAAGAAGAAGAAAGAGCUAACAAUGCUUAUGCAACAAAAGAACAUACUCAUCCUGAACUAGCAGACAAAACAUAUGUUGACAAUAAAAUGUCAAGUGAAGUGACAAGAGCUGA